UUUCGAUCAGACAACGAAGAUCAGAAAACCAUUCCAGCAGCUGAGAGAGUUCCGCAGCUGUACCGAUAUCAUUUUUGACAACGCUCCGCUCGUUCCGAGCUCCCGUUUUUGCCUCGUGAAAGAAGAAGGGGUAUAGGAGAGAAUGUCGCUCAUUCCGCGCUUUUUCGGACGACGCAGCAAUGACUUCGAUCCUUUCUCGCUCGAUGUCUGGGAUCCCUUCGAGGGCUUCCCUCGCUCCCUUGCCGAUCCCCGUUCUUUCUUCCGCGGCGGCGAGUCCUCUGCAUUCGUCAACACUCAAAUCGAUUGGAAGGAGACGCCCGAAGCCCACGUCUUUAAGGCCGACCUUCCGGGCCUCAAGAAGGAGGAGGUGAAGGUGGAGAUAGAGGAGGGCGGCGUCCUUCAGAUCAGCGGCGAGAGGAGCAAGGAGGUCGAGGAGAAGAACGAUCACUGGCACCGCGUCGAGCGUAGCCAGGGCAAGUUCCUCCGUCGGUUCCGGCUGCCGGAGAACGCUAAGGUGGAUCAGGUGAGGGCAGCGAUGGAGAACGGCGUCCUCACCGUGACCGUGCCGAAGGAGGAGGUCAAGAAGCUGGAAGUCAAGUCGAUCGAGAUCUCCGGCUGAGCGUUUAUCUUCAUCGUCUUCAUCCGGGUGUGCAUUUUCCUGGGUCGGUUGCGGACUGUAGGGUCCUGUGGAUGUACGCGAAUAUGUUGCUUGGCGUUUGUAGAAUCCGUCUUUUUCUUCCCUCCCUUGUGUGUGUUGUGAUUGAAGGUCUUUCUGUGUAUGCCGUUGAUGUUUCGGAAUGACGAAUGCUAAUAAACAAUGGGAUCCUUGUUUCUUUAAAA